AUGGUAUUACCAGAUUCCUAUGCCGAAGCUGGUCGCCGUCCGUCAGAAUCAGUUCGUAACGACUUUUACUACGGGGGCCUCAAUGUAUGUUUCAAAACAAAAUCAGAGGAAAUCGAUUUAAGUUUUUCAAAUACUAAUUUGUCGGAGAGAAAUCCCGAAUUCCGUAAGUAUUUUACACUUAUCCUCAGUUUAUCAUCAGGACAAACGCUGGAAUUUAGGCCAUUUUGUGGACUGUCAAUUUUAAGCCAGUUAACGGACUGGGAAGAUUUCCUCGGAACAUUCAAGGUGGCAAGUGACCGACACCAUUUGGUCCACGAGGUCAGCUAUCGUCUUAAAGGCCCAAGAUUAACCUCGUCAUUUCGAAAUCCAUCCUAUAAAAUUGGUACGAAGACUACAUACCGUUCUGACUCACUUGUUGGUGAGUGUGGUCUCACGUUCCAUUCAUUAUGGCCUCGUGUCUACGCAGCCACCCUCCUCGGGUAAAUCAUUCAUUUCCAUUGUAACUGGUAGACAUGGGGAUUUUUUUGUAGGGUCUAAGCUGUCAUUUAAUACCAGACAACCAUUCCAUUACAAAUAUGGUGUCAAAUUUGGCUACUUGACCGAACAAGUGGAGCUUUACGGAGGCUACUCAAGUAUACGUGGCCUUUCCUUUGGAAUCAUCUCAUCGAGAGGGCCAUUUCAAUGUAUUUUAUAUUCCGACUGGUGCAAGAUUGCAGAGAGCAUGUGUUCUUCACUGGCCAUCAAGUACUGGAUCACAGAUGGAUGUUUCAUCAAGGCAUCUCUAAAUGAUCAUCUGAUCUUGGGUGGCAGCAUUGGCUUGAGAUUAUCCCCUGGUAUGUUGAGCUUACUUCCGCCGAAGACAAAACAAGUAAUUUAAGAGUUUUGACGACUGCCCGGCCACGUCGUCUUGGCUUUUUUAUCGGCACGAGUGCCGAGCACAACAGAAAGCGUAUGGAACUUUUUGUGGUUGCAAAUCACGCGUCAGCCGUUUUUCCUUUGUCGUCGACAGAGCUUCGCCAUCUCGCAGUCCGUAAGCAGAGGCUAAGGCUCACAUCUUCCUAUCCGUCCAGAAGUAUCGCAUGGAGACGACGUUUCACUCGUUAACACCGGAGAGGCUCGUUCCGUUUUUUACCGGAGGUCUAGGCUAGAGCUCCAUCAAAGCCAUCAGUAAUCGGUAGCUUUGAAAGGACAGACAGUUCAUACCGUUCACACACACAUAUAUAUGUAUGAACUGGAAAGUCGGCAUUCUAGAGAUUUAAUUGGGUAAAGGAAACUCUCUUGGGAACUGGAACUUUUGCGCAAAUUUUUGAGGGUGGUCUCCCCAACUCUUCUUCAGACGGUGUACAGAAACAAUUGACUUCUUAACUGGGUUCAACAAAGGAUUGGUCAACGUCUAUGCCAGCACAUGUUUAUCAAAUUUCGUCACUUCUUUGGGAUUGGUUGCGCCAGUUCGAAAUUUUCCUUAACGAUUUUGUUUGCGGCAUCUGGAUCGAUAUGCCGGUUGCAUGCCUCAUCUAAGCGCAUUGCUUCCAGGAAUUCGCGGCCUGUUCUUAUUGGGCAGGCGCCAACAAUACGGGUGUUCUCCCACCCAAAUUUGUGUCUAGUUUGUGCUUGACCAUCUGGGAUAGGUGGACGCAUCUCUUCACCGCUAACUGAUGAUCAUUUAUACGGAUUGAGACAUAUUUUUCGAGUCUGGCCAUAGUAGACGGCAUCACAACUAGUACAUGGGAUUUUGUAAACAACACCUUUUCUACGGAAGUAGCCAACCCUGUCCUAAGAGUAUACAAGCUAUGUACGCAAGCUGGUUGCAGGUUCGUGUGUUCCCAACGAAUCUUACAUAUUUCAAAUUCCAUUUCUUAGAAUGCCCGUUUUCCAUUAUAUAUAUAUAUUUAUUAUGAUAGUGGGCGCUCACCGAUCAGGUUGCGGAACAUGCUCGUUCCGUUGUGCCUUGGGGCUCAUACUUAAACCCUCGCAGGCAGUCGCACAGCGACUAGUAGUAGAUAUAGAUGAGAUGGUACCGACAAAGAUAAGGGAGACCGGAAUGGCCAUUUCUGGCUUAUUAGCCGUCAUCAGCCAGUCAUACCCAAUCCCAAGUGUGGAUCACUUGUGCCUUCAUUCAACCAAUCAUAACCCUGACCACCAGCAGCUGGGACCAGAAACACAAACAUGCGCACAGACGCACCUGGCGCAGUUGAUCCACCACAAUAAGCCCGAAACAGUACUGUAUCAAUCUACCCGCAUUCUCUGUCGUCCCUCCUUGCUGCUAUUAUGACUUGGCCGACUUCGGCCUGGUAAUUGGUUGCCUGUUCGUGACCUUUGCCACACAUCCGGAGCUUGUUUGCUUCGUGAAGCCAAUAGAUCGGUGUGCGCCCAUUCCUGAUUGAUAUAUAUAUAGAAUGGCAUUACCGACAAAGACAAGGGAGACUUGGAUGGCCAUUUCUGGCUUAUUAGCCGUCGUCAGCCAGUCAUACCCAACCCCGAAGUGUGGGACGCCCGAGGCUCGAACUCGCGACCUGUUACUUAAAAGUCCACGUCUGUAACCCCGGGCCACGAGUCCGUUGCCCUGUCGGGUAUUUCACACUUCGGUUAUGGGUAUGACUGGCUGACGACGGCCAAUAAGCCAGAAAUGGCCAUUCCAAUCCCCCUUGUCACUGUCGGUAAUAACAUACUACCUUAUCAUGCGCCGCUGUGUGGCUGUUUGUUGGGCUCGAGAGAGAGAAGGAGAGCCCGUAAGGCACAGCGGAACGAGUGAGUGCCGUAAGAACGAUCGGUGAGCGCCCCCUACCAUUAUAUAUAUAUAUAUAUAUAUAUAUAUAUGAUGGUAGAGGGUGCGUUCAUCGGUCGUGUUACUGAACUCACCCGUCCCGUUGUGCCUUAGGGCUCUCACUCUCGAGCCCAACCAGCAGCUGCAUAUUGGCGCGUAAUAUAGGAAGGCAGUUGCCGGUUGGUGUACUGUGUAUUUCAGAUUUUGUAGGUCCCUUUCAACUACUUCAGAUACACUUCUCACGUAUGAGAGUGUUCGCCAGUUAAUUGGUUUUGGUGCCCGAAUGGCCAUAACAUUGGAAAUACCUUCCCUUUGAAUUGUUGCUGUCUCAUGCAUUGACGUACGAUAUCAUGCGGGUGCCCACUUUGGGACAAUAGUUUGCGGAUGUAUUUCAUUUCUGCUAGAUAACGUUUCAUCAGAACAGUAAGUUUUGGCUCGAUUCAGAAGGUUGUAGACUGCACUUCGUUUGUAAGAGAUAGUGUGGUUACUCUCGAAAUGUAGGAUGACCUCUGAGUAUGCCUCUUUGCGAUAAACUGAUGUGUGAGGUGAUCCAUCAUUUGACCCAAUUGUGAAAAACUUGGCGGCCUCGUCGAGUUUAGAACGCACAACAGCAAGGGCAAAGCCUAGUUACAGCCAACGCUCUAACCACCUGAGCCACAAGGCCCUACCGGAAUCCUUGAGUAUAAUCAUAUUUGGCCCGAGUUAUCCGCCUAGCCUCCUCAACGUAUGGAAUCUGCCAAUUCUAAUUCAGUAAGCUGGCUGCUAAGGCAGGAUUUCCUAAGCAGUGAAUCUGGAAUCCAGCAGAUGACUACUGGACUCACUUGAUUAAUCGAGAGAAGAUGAAGUACUUACAUGUCCUAUUUGAAGCCAACGGUUGUCCGACCUCCGUCAUAUGCAAAUGUCUCAGGAGGCCCCACUCUAAGCGGUCGUACGAGAAAAAAACAAAAGUUCAGGCUCUUGAUCCCCUACGCGAAGAGCGUUUCAGAGGCUACGGCGAAAAUCUCGAAACCGUUUGGCAUUGGUACGGCUCAUAAACCAGAGUCAGCAAUGGAACAGAACAGCACGAGGCCCAAAGACCCACUACCAGCAACAGACUAACCGACGGUGAUCUGCAGCAUACCACGCCCAAAAUUGCGAUGCAGGGUAUGUUUGUGAAACGGACAUACGCAUUGGCACAAGAUUGUACAAACACCAGCAUGCAGUCACAAACUACAGCAGAACCACAGUUGCGCCCCUAAGAAAGCGAGUGUGAUCGCCCGUGUCAAUGCUAAGAUGGCCAGACUUAUGUUCGAAAUCUGGUCCUCGACUGACACACUUAACCGAGCCAUAGACCGGCAUCCCGUCUACCAGGCGCCACGCACAAAACUCGAGUCAGCUCGGACAGGGCCGAUAGAACGGGCGAAAGGAAUUACGCAAGACCGGCAACCAACGCCCUCUAAGGAUACGGGAAGAGCCGAUCGGAAGUCGCGUGGCCGGCGUGACACAUUGUCUCGCCGACGCGCUCGCUACGGCGAAAGCAGUACGCACGAACAGCAGCAACCAAUCAGUCUGCCGGCUGGCUAAGGGGGGGAGGGGGAGGUAACAAGCACGCUGACUUGGAUGUAGAGGGGAUAAGUCACGCUUUCCCUCCAAUGGUUAACCUCGGAGAUGCCAAAACCAACUAGCAACAAGCAGGUAGGCGAACGUACGGGCCUCAUGCACGGUUGUAAUGCGAGACAGGCGGCAUGGCUGAAUAAAUCAAGACCAGCAUGGUGAGUAACCGCACUCGGUGGUGAUUAAUGGCGAUCGGUGAGCGCUCCCCCACCAAUGUAGUUUACCCGAUCGCAGCCGACAGGAUAACCAGCAUGCGGCUCAAUGAUUAAGGCGUUGAACUUCUUACUAACUGGUCGCGGAUUCAUGCCUCAGGGUUUGCAAAGUCUGAGUUCGGAUGGAGCCGACGGCCAACAAGCUGGAAACGGCCAUCCCAAUCUCUCUUGUCUUUGUCUGUAAUUUCAUGCGGCUUUUGGUUAUUGGGUCGAACGCUCUACCAUUGAUCCACGGGCCUUUUGUUCUGUCGCUUGCGUUAGCGAAUGUUAACUGCUUAGGAGUUGCGUCGACCAAUCUGGUUGCGGUACACGCUCGUCGCCUAAUCUACCUCAGUCUCGUUGGUUUCCCUCUGAAUCUACUAAUAUUCGCUAUGCGUCUGUGAGUUUAAAAAUGUGUAUCCCGCCCAGCCUGGUCCAAACUAUGUUUACAGAUAUUAUUAUUUGGACACGAAGUUCAUCCCAUAGGAGAUGACUACUCUAAAUCCUUAACUUACGUGAAACCGUGCAGCCGGAUGUCAGGAGUUUGGGUUUUAGUUCAAUGUACAUAAAUUCUGUUAAUAGAACAUGGCCUUGUGUUUGGAUUACGUCAUGGACCAGAGCUUGUUGGGCAGAGAGCGAUGAAUAAUGGACCUCUGCAAGGUCCAUUUUGCUUAGUAUUCCGUGUUUCAUGAAAAUGUAUUUUCUAGAUGUUCGCUCCGUCCUGCUUCGUUGCGAAUAAGAGGAAAUUUAACUCUCGUGUUUCAGGGACAUUUGUAUCUGCCUCGAUCCUGCAAGCGCCGGAAUCAUACUCAGCCUUUAACACUCAGUUCGGGCUUGGUUUUGACAUUGAGAAGUGA